ACCAACAACUGUCCGAUUUAAGCCUUUUAAGGUGUCGGAUACAAGCCUUGGGAUUUCCGGUUUUACCCUGAUGCGUCGAUAUUUAUAAAGUGCAAUCUAAUUGGUUGACUAAAAAGUUUAAAAUAGAUUUGAACAUUCCAUACUGUUGCAUGAAAGCUUUUGUACCAAGAAAACAAAUGCAUUCCGCUUCGAAUAGUGAGUCAUCGAGAUUACGCUGUCUUUUUUCCUGGUGGUGUCCGAUAUAACCCAGGGUUACUCUAAUUUCGAUCGUUUUGUUUGAUUGAAGAACAUUGCUGUCCUGAUGAUGUCCAUUUCAUGUGCACCGAAUGAGCUCAACACCACGAGGAAAGCUAUGCACGAGAACUAUAGAGGAAUAUGUCAAGACUGGGUUCAUCAAAGAAAAGGAAAAUGGCAAGAGAAAUGCAAUCAGACAGACUGGUCAGCUGUUUCGCAUUGUCAACGGGGAAUUGUACAGAUAUGGGACAGAACGGGAGUUUGCCCUGUAUGGACUUAGAAUUGUAAUCCAUGAUGAUGAAGAGGAGAAAAAGCAAGAAAUUGUUGCAAAGUGUCAUGUGGAUGACAUGGGGAACCAUUUCGGUACAAGUACCACGCAAAAGAACAUAAGCGAUACAUAUUACUGGAUGGGCAUUACGGCGAGUGUGCAAAAUUUUGUGAAAACUUGUGAUGUUUGUAAAGUACGAUCCAAGGACUUUGCGAGGGAUAUGCUCCCUGAAGGAUUGAAGAAGGCGAACAAACCUGGUAGCCAUCUGCCCUGUAAAGAAGCAAAACAGGAGAUUCAAAAACUGGGAAGAAUAAAGAAACCUUCGCCACCUGAGACUUUCUUCAUUGUGAACACUGAAAGGAAGAUACUGCCAGGAAAGGAGGCAGAAGGAGAGGAUGAAAUGGUGACUAUUGAUUCAAAUAACAUUGAGUUUGUAGUGGAGACUUUAGGCCAUUCUGAAGAAGGCGAGGUGUUGCCCGAGGUUUGUCAUGUGCUAAAUGUACCUGAUAUUGUACCCACACCUGAGAGGUUUCGAUCUAGAGAGAUUGAGAAUUUCUUGAAAUUUGGAAGGUUUCCAGAGGAGUUUACUAUAAAUCAGAAAAACGGUCUGAAGAAUCCAGCAUCCCAGUACACAAUUAUUGAUGAUGAACUGUAUCAUGAUAGCAACAAGAGUGGCACAAAAGGCUUGAGGCUCGUCAUUCAUGACGACCAACCGGCUCUGAAAGUGAAGAUAAUUGUGGAGAAUCACAUUGACGAAGAUGGUUCACAUAAUGGAUUGAACAAGACAAUGACGAAAAUAAGUGAGAAGUACUUCUGGUCCGGGCUCUCUAUUGACUGCAAAAAAUUCAUGAUGCACUGUAAGCUAUGUCACAGUAACAGGUCCAAGAAGUCGGUGAAGCAAGUGUCAGAAGAAGAAAAAGUUAUGUUGGAGAAGCAAGCUGAAAUUCAGAAAACUAAACACAACCAAAAAAUGGCCAUUGCCCGAGAGCAGAAAAGAAAUCGGUUAAGGGUGAAUGAGCAGAGGGAUCAGUUUGUUCACUUUGGUUCUCUACAGAUUGAUGAAAGUGCAUCUCACUUAGAGGAAGUUCAGUCCAUUCCUGUUGAUAGUGAAAACGAAAAUGAUGGGCACGAAACGUACAACCAGGUUAUCAGACUAGUUGGCCCCAAUGAUGAGGUAACAGAGUACACUGUAGCUUUACCUAAAGGUACCGGAAAUCCUAGCACUAUUCAGCUUGAGAGUGGUGAGAUUAUACACCUGGGAGGUGUUGAAAUGGGUGAAAUUAUUGAGAACAAUGUGGAAGGAACUAACAAUGCCGAAGAAACAACAGAGGAGUCUGAUCGUUCUUCUGAAACAGUGCAAUCGGGUUUAGUUGAAACCAUGUUGUCUGAAGAGAUUAUUAUACCUGGGUUAGAUCAGACUCAGAAUACUGAAGCACUCCAGAGAAAUGAUGAGGAAGAACUUGAAAACGAAAAUGGUGAUGACAUUUCUGUCCCGAAGUUAAUAAUAAAACAGGAUCCAGAAUCAGCAGAGAAAGGUGAAAAUGGUGAUGAUAGUGAACCUCAGGCUAUUGAGACUGAAGCUGAUGUUGAUGAAAAUGAAGAGAAAACUGGUGAAGCUGAAACUGAAGAGGAUGAAUUGUUGGAAGUGAUGAUAAUCAACUCUGACGGCAAAAAAGAACACAAAAUUUUACGUAAGAGUGAGCUAAAGGCCUUAUAUGGCGACAUUGAAAUUGAACGUCUAGAAGACAUAGAUGAAGAAACCGCAAUUGCAAAUGUAACAAAAAAGAUCAAUACUAAUUCAGUGUCGAAGGCUGGCUUGUUUUCAUACUACAAUGAUAUUAUUUUUGUACCAAAAAUGAAGCUCACAAGGGCAAUAGCAUACUAUCUGGAGACAGGGAUGCCAUUGGAAGGUUUCCACUCUGGAAAGCUGAAGGAAUAUAUGGCCAAUUAUUAUCUGGAGGAUGGAGUGUUGUACAGGCGGCCUUCCGUAUACAAAACGGGAGUAGCUGUUGUACAUGAUGAUAACCCUGAGAUCAAGUUGAAGCUGAUAGAGGAAAGCCAUAAGAAGCCGAACGGCGCACACUGUUCAUCUGGGGUCACUUUGUCAAAGCUGGCAUUUCGCUACUAUUGGGAGGAAAUGUCAUGGGACGUGCACCGCUACUACCUUACGUGCUCGCUGUGUGUGAUCAAUGGCAUGGAUACAAAGACAAACAAGCCGAUACGGACCGUCGAGGAAGAGAAGCUCUUGCAGUCAAAUAAAAGGCGAUCCAAGCUUUCGUCCGGAAGGAUCGCGCAGAUGUCGAGGGAUUUCAGGAACCGUAACCAGCAUAAGUUUGAUAAGUUCAAGCAGUGGGAGAGGCUGGGUAAGAGCAAUGUAGAUGAGACAGAGGACUACUCCAGGGACACGGUUAAGGUGUUGGAGAUCCCCGAGUACUCCAGCAGCGCAACAGAGCUGAGAGAGAAUAUUGAUGGUACAGUGGAGAUGCUGCUUGCACUGCAGGGUCAGGGCAAAGCACAAGAAGGUGUGACCUACAUUGUGCGGUCAGAAGAUGGUCAAGAGAUGUACAAGGUUGAAACCUCGGGGCAGGUUGAUCAAGACCAGAUUGUAGUGAUAGAAAAUGUUGAAAGCCCGUUGUCAUCAUCCAUGGAAGAUUCCGCAGACGGUACCGUGAGUCCUCUACAACAAGUGCAAAGUGAGAACACAGAGCAGAAUGAAAUCACAGAGCAACUCCAGAACACAGAAAGGACUGAUGAUACAAAAAACACAGAGCAAAUAGAGAUUACAGGUUCACAAGAGGAUGUUAAAAAGGUCAUAGAUAGUGAAGAUUCAGAUGUAGAAGUGGCGAUUCCAGACUCUGAUGAUGAUGACACGGCAGUUAGCAGGCCAAAGUACCCUAUGCCAGAGGUUAUCAACGUUGUGAGAUUAGUAGAAACGUCUGGUAAAACCACUGUCAAGUCCCUUCAAGGAAGAGUCAUUACUGAACCAAGAAAGCCUGCAAUACUAAGACAGUCAGUCAAUAAUAAACCAAUCAAAGAGCAAGGUCGCCAAGCUACAAAGCGUCCAGUCAGUAAGGUGACGGAGGAAUCCUCUCCUGAUCCAACCCCUGGUCGACGAUCUAGGCGGGAAAUCAAGCGGCCCCGCCGGUUCAGUCCUGAGUCAGAGGUCCGUAAACCCACAAUGGCCAUUAUGUCUGAGCAUUUGUACUCCAACAUUGAUGAAGCCAUUGGCACUGCAAUGGAAGAGCUUGGGACAGAUUUGAAGGCUCAAUCUGUCGAUGAUGGUCACACUUCAGAAGAAAUGGACGCUGAUGACAUGUCAGAUGAUGAUGGCGAUGACAGUGACUCUGAAGACCAGACGUCACUGGAGAUAUUGCUGACAGAGGGCAUAGAGAAGAUGUCGGUAAUCAAGUCAGACUCAGGAUUCUCGUGCUCCCUGUGUAACUCUAAGUUCACGACAGAACGACAGUGCCUGGCGCAUGGGACAAAGAAUCAGUGCUACGAUGACUGCGAGCUUUGCGGAAAAAUGUACAAGAAGUCUCAGCUGGAGGAAUACAUGAAGCAUGUAGCGCGCCAUGAGAAGGGAAAGAAAUUCACGUGCAGCACGUGCAAGAAAAUGUUCUUCGAAAGCCAGCAUCUGCAGAUGCAUACUCGACUGCACCGAAAACCUAAGGGCUGUGGUUGUAAUGUUUGUGGAGAGGAGUUUUAUACCUCGUUCCAGUUGGCAGCACAUAGGUACAGGGCGCACAAGAAGGCAGAUAGUUUUAACUGCGAUGUGUGCGGGGCAAAGUUUGUGAAUGUGAAGUUUAUGAGAGUAGAACCAAAAUUUGAUGGGGAGCUAUCGUAUUUCAAAUGCUUCAUAUGUUCGGAGUAAUGUAGUUUUUAAGGAAUAGAUUAUUUAUUUUGUGUUCAUCAUUUUAUCAUUCUGUAUUCGUUUGAACGAAAUGAAUGUUAAGGUAUUUUUAUUUCGACUCUUUAUUUCAUGAUUAGGCUUAUAAAUUGAUAAUUAAGCCAACUAAGCUCAAUGCGCUUGUGGUUUUCUUAUGUGAUCAAUUUGUGUGUGUCAUGCAGUGAGAGUUGUCUGUUGUCGAUAUUUACCUUGUGAACACUAGAAGCCACAUAAUUCUUUUCAUUUAGUUGUAAGGGAUCCAAUAAAAUUUGAGUUUAUAAAUAAAUAAAAUAUGUGAA